AUGCCGGCUUUUACUCUAUAUGGCGCUCGCGGCUCGACAAAUACCGACCGGGUCCGUUUGACACUUGCCGAAGGUGACUUUACGGAUUACGAACUCGUGUUUCUAAACCUUCAGAUAGGAGAGCAAAAGUCCAAAGAACACACGAAACGUCACCCAUGGGGUAAAAUACCCGUAUUGACCUUCCCCGAUGGUUUCACUCUCUACGAGAGUCGUGCAAUCUGCAAAUACAUCGCAAAGAAGUACUCCUUUCCUCUUCUACCACCGGACUCCGACGUCGAAGCUGCGGCGCUGUUCGACCAGGCGCAGUGCACAGAAAUGUCCUACUUCGCAGAACCUGCAGGUAGAAUCGCCUUCGAGAAAUUUGUCAAAAAGUUUAUUGGACUGCCUCCUAAUGAAGCUGUUGUCUUGGAUGCACUGCGGUCGGUUGAGAUGUUUUUCGAUGUUGCGGAACGUCUCUUACACGACAGGGAAUACAUGGCUGGAAAUGACUUCACUCUCGUGGACAUCUACUACAUUCCGUUAAUCCAAAGACUUUUUGUAUGCGGAUAUGGAGAUAUUAUUGUUAGUCGCGAAGCAGUGAGUGCUUGGUGGGAGCGCUGCAUGAAUCGGCCAGCCAUACAGAGGAUGCUGGCCACUGACAAGGAGGCUGCGCUAGUUGUGGAUACGAAGAGGAACAGCUACAUGUUGCUGCUUAAAUAUCUUGAUAAUGAUGUACCCCAGAGCUGA